CUGGUUCCUAGCGAGGAACGGGUGGGUCGCACGAUAACAAAUCCCCCGUCUAGCUGCAGGUCCCUAUGACUUCGCAUCGUGGAGUGGCUCGCUGUGUAAGCACAGCCCUCGCCAGGCCCAAGCGAAUGGGACGCUCUGGCCUCUCUUGUGGCUCAUCUCUAUGGCGGGUAGGUUAGGUCAUGUGACCCCGCAGCCGAGGGGGCGGGGCACCCGGAAGUCCCUAUUAUGACAGCGGAACGUGAGUGAAAUUCCUUAACACAGGCUCCCUGUCAACACCUGUUACAUACACUCCCUGACUCUUCUGCCUUUGUUUACACUGAUCGUUUUCUGCCACUGAGACAGAUCUGGAGUGAAAAGCUAAAGAUGCUGCUGUUCUUCCGUAAAAGGAAACCCAGUGAUGAGGCCCGGAAGCGCCUUGAAUACCAAAUGUGCCUGGCAAAAGAAGCUGGUGCUGAUGACAUUCUUGAUAUAUCUAAAUGUGAACUCUCCGAGAUUCCUUAUGGCGCUUUUGCAACAUGUAAAGUUUUGCAAAAAAAGGUGCUGAUUGUUCAUACAAAUAAUCUAACAUCUCUGGUUCCAAAGUCCUGCAGUCUCCUGAAUCUCAUAACUGUGAAGGUUUUAGAUCUCCAUGACAACCAGCUGACAUCGCUUCCUGAUGAUAUUGGCCAGCUGACAUAUCUCCAGGUCCUAAACAUUGAAAGGAAUCUCUUAAAAUCUCUUCCAUGGUCUAUAGGGGACCUCGCCCAACUCCAGACCCUCAAUGUGAAAGGUAAUAAGCUGAAGGAACUGCCUUCUACCCUGGGUGACCUGCGCAGCUUGCGCACCCUUGAUGUCAGUGAGAACCUGCUGCAGGAAUUGCCCCAGGCGCUGGCUCACAUCCGCACGCUGGAGACUCUGACGCUGGAUGCUUCGUCCAUGACCUACCCGCCAUAUGAUGUUUGCAGUGCUGGCACAGAGUCUGUCCAGCAGUUCCUGUGCAAAGAGUCGGGAAUCAAAUACUGCCCUCCCUCCCAGUAUCUUCUUCCGGUGCUGGAAAGUGAUGGAGGAGAAACAUCAGUGGAUGGUGUCGACAGACGUGUGCAUAAAUACAUGGAGGAAGAGAGUGAGUGGCAGAACAAAUUCUUGGAUUAUGAGAAGAGGAAGGAAGAGAAGAUGCUGGAGAAGCUGGAUUUCGAGCGUCGCCUGGACAUGGGGCAGAGGGAGCAUGCUCAGCUUCUUCAGCAGAGCAGCAGUCAGAAGGAGGAGAUUCUGCAGACUGUGAAGAAGGAGCAGGUGAGGCUGGAGAAAGGUUUGACAAAGCAUCAGCGCAACCUGGAGGGAGAGCACCUGAAGCUGCUGGAGCAACUGAAGCAAACGGAGCAGGGCAUUGCCAGCCGAAUUCAGAAGCUUCUGGAGGAGAAUCGGAGGCAGAAACAAAGUUCAGAAAUUUUGAAAUCCCUGGAGAACGAAAGAAUAAGGAUGGACCAGCUGAUGGCAAUAACACAGGAGGAGACAGAGCAGCUACGCAGAAGGGAAGUGGCCUCUGCCAUGCAACAAAUGCUGGCGGAGAGCUACAAGAACAAGCUCAUCCACAUGACCUCCGAAUCUCGAAGGCAAGACCUCGUCAACCAGGCCUGCUCCAGCCUGGCAGAGAUGGAUCAGAAGUUCCAACAAAUCCUGGCUUGGCAACAGCUGGAUCAGAACAAGGCCACAAGUCAGAUCCUGGAAGAGAGUGAAAUGCAGAAAGCGGCCUUUGAAGCCCUUCAGGUGAAGAAGGAUCUCUUGCACCGGCAGAUCAGGAACCAGAUUAAGUUAAUAGAAACAGAGUUAUUGCAGCUGACACAGCUGGAGUUAAAGAGGCAAGAACUGGACACAGAGACACUGCAGGAGGUGAUCACAGAGCAACGCCGAGCCCUGAGCUACAUGCUACAACAGCUGCUCAAGGAGAAGAAGCAAAGGGAAGAGGAACUGCAACAAAUCCUGCUGGAGAUGGAGGCAAAAAGUGAAACGAAGCAGGAGAACUACUGGCUGAUCCAGUAUCAGCGUCUGCUGAACCAGAAACCUCUCUCACUGAAACUCCAGGAGGAGGGCUUGGAGAGGCAGCUGAUAAACCUGCUAAUCGAACUGUCGGCUGAACAGUACGUACCAAUCUUUGCCCAUCAUCGGCUGUCGCUGGAAAUGCUCAGCACCAUGACCCUCAGCGACCUGGCAAAGAUUGGAAUCACAGAAACUGGCCUGCAGCGCGCGAUCCUCAGGCGAGCCCAGGAGAUCCUGGCUGUGGCUAAAACAAUCCCAGAGCUGCUGAAGAGCACUGAGACCAAGGGCCCUGCUGCCCCAGAGCCGAGCGCCCCCCUUGAAGAAAUCCUCCCUUCUGCACCCCAGCUGCAGCUGGACGAGAGGAAGUCUGAGUGCGUGGUCUGCAUGGAACAGGAGGCCCAGAUGAUCUUCCUGAACUGUGGUCAUGUGUGCUGCUGCCAAACGUGCUGCGAGACCCUGCGCAUCUGCCCCCUCUGCCGCAAAGACAUCGUGCAGCGCAUCCGCAUCUUCCACAGCAGCUAGCCAGGGAGCAGCUGCUGGGCUCUUGGGGCUGGAAGAGCCAUCAGCUGGGAAGGCCUGCUGCCCAAGGUUCCUCGGAGAUCUGCUCAUCCCCAUGCCACAGCGUAUCAACCGCCCCUCCCAAUGUCACGUGUACACUUUGCACUGCUCAGAGCCUGUGACUGUGAGGCUGCUUUGGGGAGGACUGGAAUGUGCACUGUCCCCUCAUGUCCUGGGGAGGGAGGGGUAACUCCGGGGCUGAAUGUUCUCAUAUGCUCUUGUAGGCAUGUUUAGCCACACCCCUCUUCCCCCCACAGUAACCCCUGCAAUCGCCCCCUGUGCUAUGCAGAUGGAAGCAGACACUGCUGAGUGACUCAUGGUCUGUCUCAAGUCCCCAUGAGUGUUGAUGGAUUUCUGCCUCCCUUGCCUUGCCUGUCUGUGUGCUCCCAAGAUGCCUGGGGGGCUGCAAGCCCGUCCCCUCCCUGUCUAAUGUAUUUAUUUGCCUUCAGCAACAUGAUCCACUACAUUGUUUCCUCCAAGCCAGAGAAGACUGGUUCA